AUGCAGCACCCCUUGGACAUUGGGGCUCACUAUUUCCCCCAUGAAACCUUUGCUGAUCACAGGUCCCAUCGAUACAGGAGUUUCAUGAUAGAAGAGAUUUUAACUGAUCACCAGGACCCCAAAACUGCUCCUCCUACAGGGGACCUGCUCAAAUUUGGGGUGCAGGCCCUUCUAUCUACCAGACCUUACCACAACCACCUGGCUCUACUGAAGGCAGAACAGGCCUCCAUGUUCAAGUUCCCUCUGAGCCCCUUGAAUUGCCCUGGGCUGGGCUCUCCCAUCAGUUCUGCCCUCCUGGCUGCCAGCUCAGGUCUCCAAGGAGGGUCAGGGUCUCCUCACCACCUGCCACUAGAACUGCACCUCAGGGGGAAAUUGGAGGCAGGGGUCUCAGAGCAGGGCAGCAAGGCCAAGAAGGGCAGAAGAAGCAGGACUGUGUUCACUGAGCUGCAGCUGAUGGGACUGGAGAAGAGGUUUGAAAAGCAGAAAUAUCUCUCUACACCUGACAGGAUAGAUCUGGCAGAAUCUCUGGGUCUUAGUCAGCUACAGGUGAAAACCUGGUAUCAAAACCGGCGCAUGAAAUGGAAAAAAAUAGUUUUGCAAGGUGGGGGACUUGAAUCCCCAACUAAACCCAAAGGUCGCCCUAAGAAGAAUUCCAUUCCGAGCAGCGAGCAACUUACGGAGCAGGAGAGAGCAAAGGAGGCAGAAAAACAGAUGGAGGAGCUGCACUCACCUUGUGAGGUCAACCAGGAGGAGUAGAGGAGAACCCAUGGCGGUGCCCAAAAAUGAACAGAGGAGAGCACUGAUUUACCCUGCAGAGAACAUUGCCCUACGGA